GUUUCUCUCGUCUUCCUCGUCAUCAUUCUUCUUCUUCCCUUCCUCUUCUUCUUCUUCCCUUCUUUUUCUCUUCUCCUCUCUCACUCUUCCAUACUCCGGCUUUCAAUCCACCAUUCCCAAUCCUCACCAGGUCCCUCUUUCGUCUCUCUCCUCGUCUCUUCCACUCACACAACCAAUCCUUCAAGAUGCCUCGCCAAUUCUUCGUCGGUGGUAACUUUAAGAUGAACGGUACUGCCGAGAGCAUUACCUCCAUCAUCAAGAACCUCAACGACGCCAAGCUCGACGAGUCCGUCGAGGUUGUCAUCUCCCCUCCUUCCCUCUACCUCCUCACUGCCCGCGAGGCUGUUUCCGACAAGAUCGGCGUUGCCUCGCAGAACGUCUUCGACAAGCCCAACGGUGCUUUCACCGGUGAGAUCAGUGUCGAGCAGCUCCGUGACGCCAAGAUCAACUGGACCAUCAUCGGCCACAGCGAGCGCCGUGUCAUCUUGAAGGAGAGCGACGAGUUCAUUGCCCGUAAGGUCAAGGCCGCCGUUGACGGUGGUGUCAGCGUCAUCUUCUGCAUCGGUGAGACUCUUGAGGAGCGUGAGGCCAACAAGACGAUCGACGUUGUCACCAGACAGCUCAACGCCGUCGCCAAGGAGCUCACCAAGGAGCAGUGGUCCAAGGUUGUCAUCGCCUACGAGCCCGUCUGGGCCAUUGGCACCGGCAAGGUCGCCACCACCGAGCAGGCCCAGGAGGUUCACGCUGCCAUCCGCAAGUGGCUCGCCGACGCCAUCUCCGCCGAGGCUGCCGAGAACACCCGCAUCAUCUACGGUGGUUCCGUCAGCGAGAAGAACUGCCGCGAGCUGGCCAAGGAGGCCGAUGUCGACGGGUUCCUGGUUGGCGGUGCCAGCUUGAAGCCUGCCUUCGUCGACAUUAUCAACGCUCGUCUGUAAGCAAUUACGACCAUCGUCUGAUAACGUGAUAUGAUACCCGAUCAAACCGCCGGCAUGUCACUCCCCUAAUCCGACAUGCUGGCCUUGCUGGUAGGGGCUUAUGUGAAAAGGAACUCCUCCGACCCUCCCAAAACCGAGGCGGACAACCCACUCCUUCCGCCUCUACUCAAUGAAAGUGCAUAUAUCGAUGAGAACCGAUGUCUAUAAAAAUACCACAAAAUCUUUAUCCUCUUGAAA